GUACGAUCCAUGAAAGAUGUCUAUCACAAGACCGUCGAGCUCAUUCGGCGCGCAUCCACUAUUGACAUUAUCAUCAUCGCAAUUGGUUACAUCAGCAUGUACGCAGUCUUUGGCUCCCUGUUCGUCAAUAUGCGAAGUCUUGGCUCUUCCUUCUGGUUGGCCAGUUCGGUACUUAUGUCUUCCGUCUUCGCAUUCAUUUUCGCCUUGGUCACCGUCAACGCCCUCGGCAGACCCAUCAAUCCCAUUCUACUCUCGGAAGGCUUGCCCUUUCUAGUCGUCACUAUUGGUUUUGAGAAGCCUUUCCUGCUUACCAAAGCAGUCCUCUUCACCAGUCCAGCAACAUCGACGAGGCCUAUCCGAGAUGAUGUCGUCAAUGGUGUUGCCGACAAAGGCCAUGCAAUUUUGAGAGGUUAUGCGCUUGAAAUUGCAAUUCUCGUGGUUGGUGCCAUGUCCGGUGUGAAUGGUUUGCAGCAGUUCUGUUUCCUGGCUGCCUUCAUCCUGGCAUUCGACUGCCUCUUGCUGUUCACAUUCUACACUGCCAUUCUCUCAAUCAAGUUGGAGGUACUGCGCAUCAAGCGUCAUACGGGAAUUCGCAAAGCUCUCGAAGAAGAAGGCAUGUCAUACAAAAAUGCAGAACGCGUCGCUCUUGCCAACGACCCUCGCGGCCCAGGCGAUCGUAUUUCGUCUACCUUCAAGGCAAACAUGGGCAUGUUUUCGCUCUUUGGUGGACGAAAGGUAAAGGAUUCAAGCAUCACUCGAUUCAAGCUCAUUAUGGUCUCCGUUUUCAUCAUUGGCAACUUUCUCAACAUUUCACCAGUUGCCCUCACACCGUUCGCCGAUCAUUCUACAGUGACUAGCUCGGCCAACACACCCAGUUCCUUCAAUCUGGGCGCUUUGCUCAACACAGCGGCUACUAGCCAAGUUGACAGCAUCACUGUGCUCUCGCCACAAAAAUACACAUCUUCCUCGCUGGCCUCCGGUGCGUUGGUCCAGUUUCUUGAGAAUUGGACAAAGACCGUUGGCGACCCAAUCUUGUCAAAGUGGAUUGUCAUCAUCCUCGUUCUGUCCAUCGUCUUCAAUGCCUAUCUUCUCAACGCUGCCCGUGGCAGUCUUGUUCAAACCACACCAUCGACUCCCGCCAUCGUUCAAAAGGAAGUUGUUAAGUAUGUGGACCGCUUCCCGGGUCUGAGUCCGCGACAUUCUGUUGACAUCCAUCCGCCGCGGCCUGUCGAUGAGUGCAUUGACUUGCAUAAAGCUGGCAAGACUCGUGAUUUGAGCGAUGAGGAACUGACCUCCCUGGUGUUGAGUAGCAAGAUUGCACCUUAUGCGCUUGAAAAGCUCCUUGGUGACCUUGAACGCGCUGUUCGAAUUCGGCGUGCUUAUGUCUCAAGAACAUCUACAACAAAGACACUCGAACAUUCCGAGCUGCCCUUGGAAAACUACGACUACGCUAGGGUCAUGGGUGCCUGUUGCGAAAGCGUCAUUGGAUACAUGCCCUUGCCUAUCGGUGUGGCUGGCCCACUUUUAAUUGAUGGUGUGUCAAUCUUCAUUCCCAUGGCCACAACCGAGGGUUGCUUGGUUGCGUCAACACAGCGUGGAUGCAAGGCCAUCAAUGCUGGCGGUGGUGCCAUCACUGUCCUCACAGCAGACGGCAUGACACGGGGACCCUGUGUCGCAUUUGCCUCUAUCCGAAGGGCAGGUGCAGCCAAGCUUUGGCUCGACUCCACCGAAGGUCAGAAGCAGAUCAAAGCGGCGUUUGAUUCAACUUCACGCUUUGCACGUCUGCAGUCGACAAAGACUGCACUCGCAGGCACAAACCUCUACAUCCGCUUCAAAACUACGACAGGAGACGCGAUGGGCAUGAACAUGAUCUCUAAAGGUGUUGAGCAAGCGCUCAAGUACAUGACUGAGGAUGCUGGCUUUGAUGAUAUGCAAAUUAUUUCCAUUUCUGGCAACUACUGCACAGACAAGAAACCUGCUGCCAUCAACUGGAUUGAGGGUCGAGGCAAGUCUGUGGUUGCAGAAGCCAUUGUGCCCGGUGAUAUCGUCAAGUCAGUCCUCAAGUCUAGCGUGGAUGCAAUGGUGGAUCUCAACAUUCGGAAGAACCUCAUUGGAAGCGCCAUGGCUGGUUCUAUUGGUGGUUUCAACGCGCAUGCUGCCAAUAUUCUGACUGCUAUUUUCUUGGCUACAGGACAAGAUCCCGCUCAAAAUGUUGAGAGCUCACAGUGCAUGACCUUGAUGAACAAUGUCGAUGGAAACCUGCACAUUACUGUUUCCAUGCCCUGUAUCGAGGUCGGCACUAUUGGAGGCGGUACAAUCCUAGGUCCUCAAUCAGCCAUGCUCGAUAUGUUGGGUGUGAAGGGGCCGCAUCCAACAAAGCCAGGCGAUAAUGCGCGUCGACUCGCGAGUAUUGUUGCUGCUUCAGUCCUUGCAGGUGAGCUGUCCCUCUGCGCUGCACUCGCUGCAGGUCAUCUCGUAAAGUCACACAUGAUUCACAACCGAUCCCAGGCCACGACGCCUGUACCGAGUCUACAAGCGACGCCCAGCCGCCCAGUC